AUGCCAGAAUCAGCAAAGGAUUUGACGGAGGCAUUCAAUAGAGACAAUCUUCGAAUAGCAAAAGUACCUUCGGUAUUUGGGGGUUCGACUAUAGGUUUCGAUAAAAGAGAUUGCUAUAAUCAUUUGCAUUCAGUAAGGAGGCAUGAGUUGGAAAACGGGGAUGCACAAUCAGUUCUCGAUUAUUUUCAAAGAAAGCAGGGGGAAUAUCCUCAGUUCUUUUAUGCCCUACAAGUUGAUGAUGAUGGGAGAGCAGUUAAAUUUUUUUGGGUUGAUGCAAGAUCACGUAUGGCUUAUGAGGAUUUCGGCGACGUCGUUACAUUUGACACAACAUAUAGGACAAACAAAUAUCAGAUGCCUUUUACACCUUUUACUGGGGUUAAUCACCACUAUGGCUCGAUACAGUUUGGAUCUGCAUUUCUGCAAGAUGAGAGUGAACCUACUUUUGUUUGGUUGUUUGAGAAAUGGAUUGAGGCAAUGGGUGGACGCCAUCCUAAAUCAAUAAUUACAGAUCAAGAUGGUGCUAUGUGUUUAGCCGUAAGAAAAGUUUUUCCUAACACGCGUCACCGUUUGUGCCUUUGGCACAUAAAGAAAAAAUUUGGGGAAAAGCUUUCACACAUAUAUUUCUCGAAAUCAAAGUUCAAGUGUGCUUUGAAAAUAUGCAUCCACUGGACAUACAACAUAGUUGAUUUUGAACAAAGGUGGACCUCUUUAAUCAAAGAAUUUCAUCUCGAAGAUAACGAUUGGCUUAGAACUUUGUAUGAGAUACGCGAGGAUUGGAUACCUGUAUACCACCGUGAUACCUUUUAUGCUGGAAUGAAUACAACAAGUCGUAGUGAAGGAGCGAAUGCUUUAUUUAAUGAUUUUUUCUCGCCAAAAACCAAUCUGAGGGAGUUUGUUAUCAGGUAUGAUCAGGCAUUAACUAAGAUAGUGGAAACUGAAAUUUCAGAAGAUUAUAUAUCGGAGCACAAGGAUCGUCUUAUCAACGAGAAUAAUAUAAUUUUGAAGCAUGCUGCAACGAUUUAUACUCGUAACAUUUUUGAUAAGUUUCGUGCGCAGUUUGUGGAUUCUAUAUGCUUUAGGUCUGAAGAGAUAGAAGGUGAUGGGAUUUUCAAAAUGUAUUUAGUUAGAGCUAACGAAGGACCUACAAUAUUUACUGUGAAGUUGAAGUUGGAUCCGUUGGAAGCAUAUUGUACUUUUCAGUAUUUUGAGUUUAUGGGAUUACCUUGCAAACAUGUUUUGCGAGUUUUUAAUAGACUUGAGAUUGAUGAGAUUUCAUCGCAUUUCAUUCUAAAGCGUUGGUUGAAAGGUGAAAAUUUGUUUAGAGUGAUGGAUGAAACUACCACAUGGGAUAAAUAUGGGUGUGCUGAAGCACUUAGGCUCACACAUUUAUGUCGACUAUCAACAAAAGUGUGGUCUGAUGCUUCGAAAUGUGAUGAUCUGUACAAAAUGGAACUUGAAGGGAUAGAAGUAAUUGCUACACAAUUGGCGCAAGAAUUACGUAAAAGAGAACAGAAUAUUGUCGACGUCGUUGAUCAAGACGAAACUUCAAAUAUUCAAGAACAAAGCGACAAAGUUCAAGUUCAGGAUCCACACAUAUCAAAGACCAAAGGUAGGCCGCCAAAAAAAAAGGUAAUGUCAGUAACACUGGUCGAAUAA